AACCUUCUGAUGAGGCAAACCUGCGGCGAAAACGGACCAGUCCGAGAAAAAAAACAUCGCGAGGGUGCCUCCGAAGAGAAGAUACGCUGCACCGAUUCGCUUCAGGACGUACCGACUGUUUUCACACAAAACAUCGACUUUCGAAAGUCUGAGCCUGAACUACGCAAGCGUGUGACUUCUUUUUGAAGCUGAGUCUUCCUGCAGGCCGCCCACCCUUUCUUUCAACCUCGAUCCCAAAAAAACGCGCCGAAUCCGGCCGAGUCGACCUCUUCGAGCUCCGAACCGUCCACCUCUUCUGCGACCAAGAAGAGUGAGUCUUCGGACGAUCAAGACAUCGCGGUUGUUGAAGAGGGCUCACCAGACUUCGAUGUCAGCGACUCUGCGUUCCCGGUUUUCUCAACAAUGCUAGUGGACGGCAAGGUUGUGCCCAAAACGGUGAAAAAAGACGAACCCUUCAAACCCCUUGCUGAAGCAAUGCGACCGAAUACGCUGCAGGAAUACGUUGGUCAAGAAGAAGCUGUCGGCGAGAAGACACUCCUCAGACGACUCUUAGACGGACCGAACGUGCCUUCACUGAUUCUGUGGGGACCACCGGGCUGUGGAAAGACGACACUGGCUCACAUUAUCGCGAAGAAGACUCAAGCAACGGGACAUCGUUUUGUGACAUUGUCAGCCGUAGCAGCGAACACCAAAGACGUAAAGGACGUAGUUUCGAGAGCGCAAACAGACCAAAAAAUGUUCAAGAUCAAGACAAUCUUGUUUUUAGAUGAGAUCCACAGAUUCAACAAGGCUCAACAGGACGUAUUCCUGCCACAUAUCGAGAAGGGCACCAUCACGUUGAUCGGAGCCACGACUGAGAAUCCGUCAUUCUCCCUGAAUUCUGCUCUUCUUUCGAGAUGUAAAGUCAUCGUGCUGGAAAAACUGUCAUCAGAGAAUAUACGCACGAUCCUCUCACGAGCAGCAUCCAGCCUGGAAGUCCAGAUACUUCCGGACGAUUCGCCGGAACAAGCUACCGGACUCGCGAUAACCGACUCUGCUCUGAGCUUCUUGGUGGGGAUCUCCGAUGGGGAUUCUCGCACAGCCUUGAACUCCCUCCAAACGGCCGUCGAAGGCUUCAAACAGCUCGAAAAACAUGUGAUCACGAAAGACGACAUAAGAGACAGUCUCAAAAAAACACAUUUCCUCUACGAUCGUAAAGGUGACCAACAUUAUGACACGAUAUCGGCGUUCCAUAAAUCUAUGCGCUUCGGUAAAGAUACUGCAGCGUUGUACUACCUCGCGAGGAUGCUCAGUGGAGGCGAAGAUCCGCGUUUCAUCGCGAGAAGACUCAUUGUAUUCGCAUCAGAAGACAUAGGAUUGGCCGAUCCGUCAAUGCUGAGCUUAGCUAUGGCGACACAUCAAGCGUGCGAGAAGAUCGGCAUGCCGGAGUGCAGGAUAAUGCUGUCCCAUUGCACGGUGCAAUUCGCCCGCUCACCGAAAUCUCGAGAAACCUACAAUGCCUACGGCCGAGCAGAGAUGUUUAUCCGAGAUUUCGAAGGUCCUCACCCGCCGGUUCCCUUAGCCAUAAGAAAUGCCCCCACCAAACUCAUGAAGGAGCUGGGUUAUGCUCAAGGGGAGUACGGGACGUGUUUACCGGAGUCUUUGGGGGAUCUCGACUUUUUCAGAGGCGCACCGCCACCGCAUUUGAAAUGAUAGUCUCAGUCGCUUCCCCGUUUUUAAUUCCUCUCGAUCGCGUUCGAAAAUGACAAUGAGAUCCGUCUCAAGGAAAUGUUCAAGGAAAAAAUGUGCGACAAACUGUGAUUCCCAUAAAAAAUCUAUAUGCUCUCCGACCCAUGAUCGAUGAGGUUGGAGUUUCCCCGGUAGGCAAGAACGAAAUCGUGUCAGAAUUCGCUUCAUGAAGAAUGAAAGAAGUGCAGUGAAUGA